GAUUUAACCAGACUAUUCGAGAGAGACAUCGACAAACGUCUCUCCUGCUCCCGGGACGACGAUCCUUUCAAAUAAAUCGAGUAACUCUAGUAACCACAGCGUUACCGCACUGCUUCAGUUGGCAAGCUGCAUUUCAACUCGCGCCACAAGUACACGCUGCGUCUGGAGGCAGAGAAGACUGGGGGGCGCUAAUCAUACGCUUUGUACAUGACCAUGUAAUCAUGUAAUCAAAAAAGAGUAGCGUACUUCGUGGCAUGUGACUUUGUACAGAACCUUUUUGAUGAACGCAAGGCAAGUUGCCGAAUAGGGUCUGGCCAAACUAUCAGGGAAUGGUGAACAAUAUCACAGCCACCGACGCUACUCGGCGGCAGCUGGAAGGGCCUGCUCCAGAUAGAAAUCUCCUCUUCCCUGAUAUGGAAUAUGGUCAAGUUGUUUCCCGGCCGGGAUAUAAACUUCAUGAAUUUCAUCUUCUGGUCCAGGGUGAUCGGGACAAGUCAAGCAUCCAAGGCCAAGCCACCGGUCUCCUCGCCGCGCCGAUGACAGUUGCCAACAAUGACAGUAUCGAAGACACGUCUAGCUCCUGCGUUCCGGCGAGCAGUACCACUCUCAUCUGCAUAUAUUUUUCUAGGAGAUGCACGGAUAUUGGGAGCGGCGCCUUGCUGGAGAGCGGCAGAGACGAGCUCAAGCUGGGGGAUUUCGGGCCGGUCUCGAUGAUCGUCUUCUCUCUGGCACCGAGAAAGCAGCCGAAAGAGUCCGGAAGCCAGGUAGGACGGAUCGUCAUUGCAAUUAAUUAGUUGCUCAGAAGAUCGACACACGGAAGCCCCCAACAUGACUGCAUACCGC